CAACAAAAAAACGUUAAAAUGCUUUCUCCAGCUGUAUCGGUGGCAGUAGUUAUUCGACUGAAGGCGGACGAGCAACAACGUGCAGUGCGCUCUUCAACAGACAGCCGCAGGGUCCAAUUCCGAGGAAUAAAGAUGGAACUAACUACCUUCUCCUUUCUCUUCCUGCUCACCAUUACAGGCGUUUGUGGAAGACAAUAUCCACUACAGUGGCCACAAUCCAGCAUCGAACAACAUAGAAGAAGCGCCCUUGCGCCAGUAACUCCGUACAAUGAGAAAAUGGACGCUAGCGAAUGGCUGGAAUCAUUGCUGGGCAGUUUGCUGACUGCCGAACCGGCUGGCAAUGGUGAACAACGACCGCAGACAAGUGCGCAGCGUAUUUUUCAACGAGAAGCUCGUCCAAGUGUUUCGUUCGUUCAAGACAGUCCGUCUGGCAAGCGAAGAUUUUCGUUGGCCAGCAUUCGAGUCAAUCCAAACAGCGUAAAGAGGCAGCAUAUUUUUGCUGUUCCAGACAUGACGUUGCUCCAACUGGAAAAUCCAACGCGAUUGCCGACACGCGUCGAAGCUCUUCGUCCCACUGUCAGACCUCCUUUGCCACAACGUCAAAGAGACAAUGAAUGGCAGCCGGUUAAUCAUUACAGACAGGAACCUUACGUUCAAGCAUUGCGAGAACAACAAUAUGAUUACACAGGCGAGUUAUCUUUUGAAAAUCCAGCAGAAGAAAGCUCUUCUCCGCCGGAACGUCAUUUUGGCGUCGAUGUUUACGUCAAUCGAUAUUCAAAAGCUUAAUUUUUGUUUUUCUUUUCUGUUUCAUUUUUACAGCCAAUGUAGAACAUAUUAUCAAAAUUUGAUCUGUGAUUGUACUGAAACAUUCCAACACCUGUUUGAGGUACCCUAACGAAUGACGCUGGAAGUCAAUCCCGGAUGCCGUUGUUUGUCCUAAACUUCCCUUUUUUUGUAGUGGUUGUUAUGAGAUUGCUGAUGUUUUUUUUUGCUCAUUGCUGCGCGAUGAUUGAGCUGCAUAAUUUUUCCUGCAUCAGCUUCCAUAAAAC